UAGAUUUGUUUGUGGGUGUGAUUAGCUAGCUAGUCAUUGUCGUUUGCUAGUCGUCGUCGUUAUAUUUUCAUCUAACAUUCAUUGUCACUCUCAUCAAACUUAUCCACGCACCAAAUUAUUCCACGCAAAGUUAAGCAUGGCCGACGAUAUCAUGAUGUCGGCUCAACCGAGCUCCUCUCUAGGCACGAGUAGUAGUUCAUCACGUCUCGUAUCUCACGACACAGCCGAGGACCUCUCGGACACGACACAAAACAACGAAGUGCUGCUGAACGUAAUGCUAACGUCCGGCCACGAGCAACAUAUAAGAGUAUCGAAAGAUAUUACAGUGCGAAAGGUGAAGCAAUUAUGUAUUCCGAAGUAUAUCGAGGAAAAGAGGCUGAGUGAUUUUGAGAGCAGCGGCGGCGUUCCGGGAGCGUGUGGUGGGGUGCCGGGUGUGAGCGACGACGAUGACGACAGCCGAUUCAAACUUGUUCACGCCAAAACGGGCAGGUGUCUUGCAGACACGCAGACCCUCUCGGACCAAAGUGUAAUUCAUUCAGAUUCCUUGUUGUUGCUACCUCGGAAAACGAAACCGACGCAAUUCACACCAUUGAAAACAGGGGAUGGUUGUAGUAGACCCUCCACUCUUACGAUAGAUGAAAUAACGGGCCCCUUAGAGAAGAAAAACGACAGCAGAAAUCCAAAGAAAGACUCAAACUUCAACAACUACCUGACUGAGAUGAGGAAGAUAAUCUUGUCUCUGAUCUAUGUGUCCCACAGACUUCUCUGCCACAACAAAGAGGCAGUCGACAUGUUCAAAGAGGCUAUAGUUCUGCUGAAAGCGAGCCGAGCAUGUGACGAGCGCCAAUUUCGACUGUCGAGUGCUGGAAACAAAGGAUCCAGUGCAGGUAGAAGGUCAACUGGAGAAGCAUCAGAGACCUCUUCGUCCUCCAAUCAGGACGGAGCCCUUCAGUCGGAGCCACAUGUAGACCCGGACAUGUUGAAACAGUUGACUGACAUGGGCUUCAAGCCACAGCUGUCAAGACUGGCACUAAUUGUCAAUGCCAUGUCAUUAUCAAUGGCCACAGAAUGGCUAUUAGCACAUGGAGAUGACGAUGAAGACACGACAGCAGCUAUUCUCCUCACUCAGGCUGGUUCGCCCCCUCCCCCGUCCUCAAACGACCCCACCCCCACCAACCUCUCGCCACUGGAGACGACAGGGGAGGAAGGUGUUCAGCCAAUGGAAGUAGAUGUAGAUGUGGGAGGAGCUAAUAGUGGGAAUGAUGGGAACCACUCGAUGACCAGUCAAGACGAGACAGUCACGUGUGAUGGACUGAGAGUUCUACAGGAGUUCCAUGACUUGUCAUUUCAGCCAGACGCCAAGGCUUUGAAGAGUCUGCUGGACAUGGGUUUCCCUAAGAAAGAAAGCUACGAUGCGCUGCGUAUAAACGGAAACCACGAGAACUUCGCUUGUGAGUGGCUGUUGAACUGGCCCAGAAGACCGACAGUGGAGGAGUGGGAGCAGGGCAUAGACUCCACCAGUCCCAUGUACAAAGCCAUAGUGUCCAACCCUCUCGUACAGCUACUCCUCAACAACCCCAAGACACUUCUAGCCCUGGAAGAUAUUCUGGGACACCCUAACUCUAUGAGUCACUACCUGAAUGACCCGGACGCUGGGCCUCUCCUGGUGCAGAUAUCCUCCAUCUACUCCACCGAGAGACACUCGGACGCCCAGCUGCAACAUAACCAGCAGCACCAAACCACCUCAAGCAGCAGUCAGCAACAACAACAACAGAACAUCAGUCCCACCAGCUCACAGGUGUCAACUUCGGCCGGGGCCUCGAUGGAUUCGACCGGAGAAGAGGGACUGAUGGAUCCAGUGUCAUCCGCAGACGAAGAUGAUUCCCUUUCCACUCUCAUUUGAGCAAACAAAACUAUAUUAUAUGUCCUCUCAUCUCAGGACUCUUUUAAAUCAAGGAAUCUGCUAUUGCAACUCAAGUUUAGACCUACUAGUAAUAUCAGAUUCAAAGUCUUCAUAUGAGGCGAGGUCCAAUCAGUUGUAAUGAUUACUGAUGUGGUGAAUGUAAUUUAGUUUUAGUAUAAAUAAUAACCUGGUUAGAAAUCACUUGGGGUAAUAUUUAAAUCAUAAAUGCAAAUUUUGUGCGAUUUAGACUGAAAGUUAUCUUCUGUUCAUUUGGAAGUUGACGUACCUUAACAUAACAGACCAUGACCGAAGAAUAGAACUGAACAGUUUUUGUUGUAUGUUUAUUUUUGUUUGUUAUACGAAAAGGUUCGGUGCUAUUUCUAGAUCGGCUUCUUUGCUCACUACUACACUACCAAAAGCCACUACCACGUCUCAAACAUAUUUCAUUUCCAACUGUAAGACUGAAUGCUGUCUGUAAAUGAUCUGCUUCUCAUAUUAUUUCUUCGUUUAGAUUUGAAUCUUUUGAGAAAUGAUUUUCACAAAACUCGAAA